CUUCUACGAAGGUGGCGCGGGAACAUUCUUGACGGUGUUUUUCAAAUUUUUUGUCGAGGUGCAGCGUCGAAGAGGCACACCGGAUGCGGAAGGUCUCGCCCGUGUUGCGACUCAACUUUAAGGCUUGCUCUAAUGCACCUCUUGCUUCUAUAAGGAGGAUCCCUCAACAACCGUACUAUCAUCUUGUAUGCAGAUACACUACAAGGCCCUUGAAGGGAGGUCAUUACACUAAGGGAUCAUUCCUACUCGGCGUAGGAAAUUUGGGAAAGCUCUAACAACUCGUGAACAACCGACACGCGUUUGUAGAUCAAAGCGAUCCAUCGAUAUUCUACUUGCAGCAACCCACAGGUCCAGCCAGAGACGUGGGUGGUGGUUCUGCGCCUUCAUCACCGUCAAGAAGAAGUGGGAGUGGUCAUGCAGAAGUUGGCCAUGCAGGACGAUUCCCUCAAGAAGCGCAAUUGCUGCAGCAGCAGCGGCAGCAGCAGCCACACAUUGGCGGUGGUUCGGAGCCAACAUCAAGCAGUGCCAAUCCAGGUGAAGGCAGCGGGAGGACAAGUAGAGCAGGAGACGAGAUAGAAAUGAACACAUGGGGUGGAGGAGACGGGGGGCGUCAUCAAACAGGUGGGGGCAGUGACACAGCAGGACCAGGAGAUCCAGGGGGUGGGUCGUCGAGAGAUGCGAAUGCAGCAAAUCCAGUAGGUGAAUCGGGACACGUCUUUACUGGACGUGGCUACGUUUUGGGUGACACUUGAUCAUGCCGAUUUUCUUGAAAACAAAAAGCGCAACAUCUAGUGAGAAAUUUACAAACGAUAGGAAGAGGACUACUAGGUUCGUCUCAUGUGAGUUUAGGAAAGAAGGUGCAU